AAAAUCUUUCUCUCUUUCUCUACCAAUCUGAAGAGGUUGCCGGAGCUAAUUAACAAAACCCAUGAGGACCGCUUUCAAUUCAUCGGCAAAUACAACUCCUUCGCCUUCGCACCACUUUCACACAUCCGAAUCUUCAACCCCUUUCUCCCAAGAGAAUAUGGAAAUCGCCAAAUUACUCAUCACCAAGUGGGACCUCCACGGCUCUGAUCUCUGCAAGAUCGAUUCUCUCUUCACCGGAGACCGGAAAGAGGCCAAGGCCUUCAUCAAAACUGUCAAGGAUUUGCAGACCAUGAUGAAUUCUCUCGCCUCCGACCCAUCAAAAUCCCAUCUUUUGAUUUCAGCUCAGGACCUGAUGCAGAUUGCUAUGAAGAGGCUUCAGAAGGAAUUCUACCAGAUUCUUACCAAGAACCGGGCCGUUCUGGACCCUGAAUCGGUUUCUAACCGGUCCUCGAGCUCGAGGGCGUCAACUAGGUCUAGCCUGUCCGACAUCGAGGAGUUAUCGGAUGAGGAUUCACCGGUGGCCGGAAAUUCAAUUUCCGAAGAGGAGAAAAUGUCGGAAAACGCCAUGACAGACCUCAGAUUAAUUGCAGACUGCAUGAAUUCAACUGGGUACUCAAAGGAGUGUUUGAAGAUUUACAAAAUUAUGCGGAAAUCUAUCGUGGAUAAGGCUUUGUAUCAUCUCGGCGUUGAGAAUUUGAAUAUAUCGCAAGUUCAGAAAAUGGAUUGGGAUGCGAUUGAGCAACAUAUUAAAAUCUGGUUGAAGGCAGUCAAGAUUGCCGUGCAGACUAUCUUCAACGGCGAGAGAUUUCUCUGCGAUACCGUUUUCUUCUCCGCACCUUUAAUCGCCGAAUCCUCCUUUGCUGAAGUUUGCAGAGAAUCCGCCAUGAACCUCUUUAUAUUCCCCGAACACGUAGUAAAAUAUAAGAAACUGUCGCCGGAAAAAAUAUUCCGACUGCUGGACAUGUACGAUUCGAUACACAAUCUCUGGCCGGAAAUCAACUUCAUCUUCUCAAUCAAAUCAGUAUCGAUCGUUAAAUCUCAGUGCGAAACGUCGGUUACAAGACUACGAGAAGCAAUCCGUUUAAUGCUUGGGGAAUUCGAGGCGGCGAUACAGAAGGACAUGUUGAAAUCGGUAGUCACCGGCGGCGGAGUUCAUCCACUCACCCGCUACGUGAUGAAUUACCUCGUUUUCCUAUCUGAUUACAGCGGGAGCUUAACGGAAAUAAUCUCCGAUUGGAAGCGAUCAAUUCAACCACCCCUGCCAACGACAUACGUCUCCAGCUUGAGCCCAACCGCCGACCAGGUCUCCGGUCUGUCCGUGUGGCUGGGCUGGGUGGUUCUGAUGCUCUUCUGCAAACUCGAUGCCAAGGCGGAGCUAUACAAGGAUGUUUCUUUAUCUUACCUUUUCUUAGCAAACAACAUAAAUUACGUGGUUUCGAAGGUGAAAGCAUCGUGUCUGAAGCUUCUGUUAGGGGAUUUGUGGGUAGUGAAACAUGAAGAGAAAGUGAACCAAUAUAUUGGCAAUUAUGAGAGGAUAGGGUGGAGUAAAGUGUUUUCAUCCAUCCAAGAAAUAAAGCAAAUAGGAUGUUUUAAGGGAUUCAAUACGGCUUUUGAAGAGACGUACCGGAGACAAGCGGAAUGGGUUGUGCCGGACUUGAAACUAAGAGAGGCGGUGAAGGUCUCGUUGGCUCGGAAACUGGUGCCGACAUACCAAGAAGUGUACGACAAGUACAACGGUGGUGGUCGUGGAGAGGAGGCUGUGGUGAGAUAUGCUCCUGAUGAUUUAAGGAAUCGGUUGUUGGAAUUGUUAGUGGGUAGUGGAGCGACGGGGAGUACGUCGGCGGCGUCUCACGACAGGGGAGAAGGCAGUAAUUGAUUUAGCAUGCAUGACAAAAUUUGAAUGAAAUUGUAAAUGUAUUUUUAAUUGAUUGAUUGGUUAUACUCUAUUGUUUUAUAUUUAUAGCACUAGCAGUUCAAUGUAUAUUUUAUUAUUUGCUAGGAACUUCAAUGUAAACAAGAAAACAUACUUAUUUGUUUG